GACAGCUUGGUAUCCAAUGUGGUGAACAUCUGGAUUAUCGAAAAGGAAGAGCUGAAAGCCGAUCGCUCGGCCGCCUCGCAGCUGGUGCCGUACAUCCAAGACGAAAGGUGCAAAAUGGAUGCACUUAUUCUGAUUGGCAACUUGACCCAUGCAUUCCAGAUUGCGCAAAGGAUCUACAAGGGCUUGAGACUCACAGCAAUGUUUAAAGAUAAUGCGCAGUCUCGCCCCGAAGUCAUCCCGCUCGCUCGUUUCUUUCGACGACCUGAAAGGCUUGGCAGCAUGCAAGACGUCCUGCACAUUAACUCGCGAGCUCAGGCAUCCGGAGAUCAGGACUUGGCAAUAAUGGCGAAAGUCUUUCAUGACUUGUGGACUUUUCCUGGCUGCCUGCAGGAGCUUUUGAAGCAGAUUGCAACCUUCAUGGCUUACAAUCCGAUUGCCAAGAAGAGGUGUUUGGACAUACAGUACCACCAGUUUCUACAAGCCUCCCUGACGGCAGGCCGUGACAACUGUCCGCCCGUGCUGGUCACUUGCUCACAGCUAGCAGCUGCAGACCAUCGUCAGGGUCGCAGCCUUUCCGGUGCUGUCUCCAGCAUUGUGCAACGCAGCAAGGCCACUUUCUCCAUCUCCAUCUUGGCAGGUCACGGACAACAGCUACGCUGCGAGCAUUUCUGCCGAGCGACCGUGCUUGCUCGUUCGGGGCAGCACAAGCUGACGGCGAAAGCGCCGGCGCCACUGACGAUGUAG